AUAAACGGCAACCAUGGGUUCUUUCAGCUAUAUCAUGUGCAUUUACAAAAAUUUCAAUGGAUAUUUGGAAUACAAUUCCUGAUAAUACUAAUGCUGGAGAAAGUGCGCACGCUAAUAUAAAUAGAGAUGGACAAAAUCUUUCUUUAUUGGCUGCUAUAUACAAUGCUAGUGCUUUUGAUCAACGGCAAUGGAGUUCAGUUAAUAUACAUGAAUUAUAUAAUGUUCCAAGUUCUUCUAAAAAUAAAUCACAAUUACAACGAACAAAAGAAGCUACACGACGUAUUCAAAAACGUAAAGAAAAAUCUACUCAACAUAAAGAACCUACUGAACCAAAAAAACGAAAACGUACAAUAACAAGUAAAGAAAAUAAUAAUUCUCAACAAAAUUCUGAUUUCGUUAUUCCGGAUGAUGAAGAACAAACUCGUUGGUUAAAUUGGGAACAAAAAAAACUUGAAAUUCUUGAACGAACAGUAGCUUUAAAAGAAAGAUUAAUUGAAUUAAAUCAACAAGAAAAGGAGCAUUUAAAUA